AUGGCAAGCCCGCCAGAAAGCCCGCCAGGCCUGGAACGCAUAGCAGGCAUGAAAAGCAUGGAAGAAAUUCUCGCCUCGCUUGGAGGGAACUUCCUUGCCAAUCUGUCCCCUAAGCAGAAGGCACUUGAGCUUACUUGGCUGCAUGGCCUCCUGAACCUCGGUAAUACCAACAACGAGAUCAUUAUUCCUGAGAAUAUUGUCAGGCUGUGGGGAGAGGAUUUUCUUCACAGUCUCGCCGGCCGCCUUGAAAGCGAGCUCAAGAAGGAGGCCUGCAUCAUCAUAGAUCAAACGAUUGACGCUUACCGAAUUGGCAUUUGCGAUUCUUACCCCAAAAAGCUUCCUCGGUCUGCCUUUGUUUACGAAGAUAAGAACGGCAACGACAGGAUGGGCAACGACAAGAAGAUCAAUCGAGAGAUCCGUGCGGCAAUUGAAGAAGGAGUUAACGUUCCGCUUGCCUCCCCUCGUGUCCCCCGCCCCCCAAACUCCUUCAUUCUCUACCGCCAACACCAUCACCAUGCAGUUACUGCUGAAAACCCUGGUAUUCCGAACACUGAAAUUUCUCGCAUCAUUGCUCGAAUGUGGCACCGUGAGCCUCUUGCAGUCCGGGCCCGCUUCAGGGCGCUUGCCGAUGAAAAGAAACGACUCCAUUCCGAGGCGCAUCCCGACUACCAGUACACUCCACGACGUCCAGGCGACAAAUUCAGCCGCCGGCGUGGCAGACUUCACACCAGCUCCGUCCCUUUCUUCAACCAGACGGCUGCUGGCCAAGUUCGAGUCAAAAAUGCCGACGAGAACAACAGCGGCUGGAUUGAUGUGGACGGUGACUGCAUUGACAUCCUCGAUGAGCUGGGUCUGAUGUACGGUCCAAAUGCCUUGACUCCACUCCCGAAUCUCGACACCUCUGCCUUCAAUGCUAUGGUUAACAUGCAAAUGGAUCAACGCGUUGCUUUGCAGACUGUCCGCUAUCAUGAACUGGAGGGCGAUGAGUUCGACUCGGACUUCCCAAUGCACACCAUGCUCUCUCUUCCAGGCGCUUAG